CAGUGACAUUGCAAGCCGAUCCGAGGGAAGGUCACCAAUCUUGUUCGAAAGAAACACAUCCGCUGCCUGGAAUCCUUCUGUCACUAACAGUCAAUCCGGCAAGAAAGGUCUCCCAAGGAACGAAUCGAUCUGAAUUGGCUACGUUGCCUCUGAUUGACGACAACGAUCGUAUGGGUCUUUCGUUUCUAUCAUUAUGCGCCGUGCUGACGGCGUCGUCCGCAAUGGCCUUUGUCACCACCCGAUCACCGGCUUGCAACGACGUGACUCGAUCACUGCAUAGAAUCAAUACAAGGCACAUGACCUACCCAUUUUACCCGGCAUCCUCUCUCCGUAUCUCCACGCGCGUUGCGAGCACGGCGGUUCCUCCGGAAGACGUUGCCUUUGACAAGCUAAGUUUACCCGCUCGCGAGGGCCGGCCUCUGAAGAUUGCUAUUGCCGGCGGUGGGGUAGGCGGUUUGACGACCGCUCUCUGCAUGUUGAAAAAGGGUUUCGACGUGACGGUGUACGAGAAGACUGCCGCCUUUGCCCGCUUUGGGGGACCCAUCCAGUUUGCCUCCAACGCCUUGUCAGUCCUGAAAGAAAUCGACGAAACCCUCUUUGAGCGUGUCAUGGACAAGUUCACUUUCACCGGAACACGAACCUGUGGGAUCAAGGACGGUUUGCGAGCGGAUGGAAGCUUCCGGAUGACGGAAGAUCGUCUGGAUUAUUUGUGGAAUCCGGAUGCUCCGGCCGAUUGGUUCGUCAAAUUUCCGCUCAAACAAUGCGCCGAUUUGUUCGGUUUACCCUACACGGGUGUCAUUGACCGUCCCGAUUUACAAGAAAUUCUCAUUGACGAAUGCCGCAAACUUAAACCCGACUUUCUCAUCAACGGCAAUCCCGUCGUAGGUUACGAAGACUUAGGCAAAGGCCAAGGUGUGACAAUCAAUUUAAACGAUCAGACAACUGCGUCCGCCGAUGUUCUAGUAGGAUCGGACGGAAUUUGGUCAGCCGUACGUGACCAAAUGUACAAGGAAGGUGGUGUCAAAUCUACCAGUGCCAACAAGAAGAAACGGCAGGGAUGCGACUAUUCCGGAUACACCGUCUUUGCGGGAGAAACAAUCCUCAAGACCCCGGACUACUAUGCAACUGGAUACAAGGUAUACAUCGGACCCAAGCGGUACUUUGUUACGAGUGAUGUCGGUGAUGGCCGCAUUCAGUGGUACGCCUUCUUUGCGCUACCUCCCGGAACCAAAAAAGCUCCCAGCGGUUGGGGUGGCUCCACUCGUGACGGACAGACGGAUCCGGAGGAGAAUCUGGUAGACUACGUCAAGGGCUUGCAUGAAGGAUGGAGCGAUGAAGUCAUGAUGGUUUUGGACUCGACGUCACCAGACAGUGUGGAACAACGUGACUUGUACGAUCGGGCGCCCGAAUUAUUUCGCAGUUGGGCGAAUGGCAACGUCGUACUCAUUGGUGAUGCAGUACACGCCAUGAUGCCAAACUUGGGUCAAGGAGGUUGCCAGGCAAUUGAAGACGCCUACGUCUUGACGGAAACUUUGGCGAACACACGCACCACAGAAAAGCUGCAAGAUGCAUUACAAGAGUACUACCGCAAGCGCAUCGUACGAGUGAGUAUUGUGCAGUUUCUGAGUAAGCUGGCUAGCGACUUGAUCAUCAACGCGUUUGACACCCCCUGGAGUCCACACGACAACCUCGGAAAGUCCUGGAAAUCCUACUUGACAUUCUUUUGGAAGCCUAUCUUGCAGUUCGCCAUUUUUCCAAUGCAGUUCGCCUAUCUUUAUUCCUACUAUCCGACGGGGAAUAUGGGUGAUCUUCCGGCCAAAUUAGAAGCAAUUUGGAAAGAGAAGCACAAAACAGAUGCCGAAGCUGUGUUUGAGCAAGCAUCCAAGGAAGGCUUUGUCAUGGAACACGAAGCGUCCUUUUUCAAAAAAGCGGAAGUAGAAUUGUCCCCAACAGCUUUGGCAGCUACGAAAGAAGAACUAAGCUAGAAGUGAAGAAAUUCCAUAGUUUUCAUUGUAGCCUUUCGG